UUUGACAACAUGUACCCAUGCUUUCUGCACAAUUCUUUGGCACAAUUAUAACUUGCUUAAUGAUCUAGUGAGCGCUCUUAUUUCUAGGUUGUUUACGUAAAGUAAACAUGGGUAAAGUAAGAAAACGGAAACUAAACAAAGUUAGUAAUAAUGUGGCAGCAAGCAAUAACGACGAAGAAGAACUGCCGGUGGAUUGUAAAGAAAAUGUAAUUCAAACUAUGAUAGAUCAAAUUCAGACUGCUAAUGUAGAGGAAAAGUAUUGUGGUCUGCAAACGUUUGCAAUGUUAAUAGAAAGUCCGGACAGCUUGAAACAAAUGAUCGAUCAGGGUAUAGUCAAGAUAGUAGCGCCUCUUUUACUUGAUUCUGCGGGUUCAGUAAGGAAUGCUGCCGCCGGUUCUCUGAGAAAUCUUUCGACAACAUCACUUGAAGCAUGCGAUAUGUUAAUGGAGAACGAUAUAAUGACACCCUUAGUCUGUUAUUUCCAUCAGUACUCAGAAACUUGGACACCAGAUGUGGACUCUAAAACUAAGGAUGAAGAAAUUGAUACAUUUGUCCAAUGUACAAACCUCUUGUUAAACUUGUGUGAAAGUUCAGAUUUAGCUGUAAAAUAUGUAGGAGAAUCUAAAAUACUCGAUAUUGUUCCAAAUUAUUUGGAUGUUACCAUCUUUGGUGCUGACCUUGUUAUUGCUAUUAUGCAGUUAUUGUUUGUAUUAGUAGAAGAUAAUCCAUUAGCUAUAAAAAAAGUUUGUUCUACUACAGAAAGGCAGCUGAGAGACUUACUGUCUCUAGAAAGUAGCGAUCCUUCUGCUUUGCUUAUAAAGACACUUACUGGAGGAAUUAUCAUAAAUAUUUGUGGAGGUGACAUUGCAAGUCUACCGAUAGACGUACUGAAUCAAAUCUUUGCAGUUUUAGCACAAACAUUAUCUGCAGACCAUAAACUGGUAUGCAAUGAACUGUCAAGUAGUGUACCAUUAUGCGAAGCAGAUGGAAAAGUAGUAAGCCCUAAAGGAAAGGAAGCUCAGCAGUUGGAUAAUAAAAUAAAAUCUGUUUCAAGAACAUUGGAUUCACAACAAACUGCUAUUGAAAUAAUUGCUAACAUUUGUUCUUGUGAAGAAGCAGAAUCAUCAGACAGUGAAGAAACAGGAAAUGAUGACAGAGCAAAUGAAGAUAUGUGUAGCAAUGGUGAAGAAGUGUUCCGCCCAGAAGACAGAUUAUCGCCAGUUGUAAUGGAGGCUUUGAAUUCAUUAAAGAUAUUUGACAAAGUGUGGGCAAGAACUCAGUUGCCUCCAGUUAAUGUAGUUAUGAUUUUGCAAGAAUAUGAGGGGACAAAAUCAAUUAUCAGGAAAUUACGCAAUCUACAAACAAGAGCUUUUCUAUGUAUGAAUAACAUAAUAUUAAGUUUGCCACUUGAACUUAUGGGAGGAAUACAUGGUAUUUAUAAAAUUUGGGUCGAGGCAGGAAAAUUAGUUUUUAAACAAAGUUCUGAAAACUUAGAAUUGUUAGAGUCUGCGACUGCUGUUAUGAGAACUACUUUAAACAGAAUAACUUCGUUAAAUAAUAUUACACCAAGUGAAAGUAGUCUAUUCAGUGACCUGGCAAUGUCUGAUAUUGAGCUAAUGUUGAUGGGAAUAAAAAAUUGUGAAGCCCCUGAGAUUCGGUCCAAUCUUAUAAGAAUGAUUGGUGUUCUAGCGUUACUUUUUGUUAAUGACUUAAAUGAUACCAUUUCUAACGUUAUAUGUAGCAUCACAGAAUUUAUAUUGGAACAAGCGCAUAAAGAAAAUGAAGUGUGGGUUCUAGCAGAAGCUAUUGACACAUUGAUUGAUCUGUAUUCAGAAGACAAAACAGAUAUACUGGCAGCCAAAAUUAAACUAGUUGAGAAAUUGCAAAUUUUAGUUCCUGUAUUAAGAAACAAGGCGAGACAGCAAAAGAAACUCCCCAAAGACUACAAGGUGCUAGUGACCACAGUGAACUCAAAUUUACCAAGAUUUAUAAAAUAUAAGAAACAGAGAGUUGCUAAGUUAUAAGUCGCUAAUUGUUACAUAGUUGAUUUAUGUACUCCUUUACACUAUUGUUAAUAUACAAUGUGACAAGAAUAUAUUUUAUUUCUAUAAAUAAAAUUUCAUUAAUUUUGUAUAAUUUAAUAUUCAACAAAUUAACAAUAUAUGUGUCCCAUUGUUAUAUUCUAUUUUUAUAAAUAAACUAAAUACAGACCUUUGCCGGUAAAGAUAAUUUACUAAGUAAUUAAAAUAUUAUGCAAGUUACACUGAAGAAGCUUUUUUUAUGAAUGAACAAACAAAUACAAAAAUGUGACUUUUCCAAUCCUGAAGGAUAUAUCGGAAUAAUGUAUGAUGAUUUAUUGAAAUAUAAUCGAAUUAAUUUUUA